GGAUGUUUGUGAAGACACAACGCAGCUGAUAAACUGACUUUUGUGAGGAGUGUUCAGAGCAACAAGUCAAUUCAAGGUGUUUGUUCACACCUGAACGUGCCUCCUGCGCCUGUGUGUGUGUGUGUGAGAGAGCGUGUGCGCGCGAGGCAGGAAGGCUCGCGGGUGUCUCACGCGCUUCCCUCCUCAGGCUCCCUCCACAGUCGCCUCCCAGGUCGUCUACACUCGAGGGAAUAAAUAUUUGAAAUUGGGCUGAACAAAAAAACAAAAGAGGAGUUUGGUAUUGCUCCAGCGGGAGGCGCUGUUGAGCUGCGGCUCCAGCGCAGCCAGUUUUCCAGCCGCUUCUCAGAGUACUCGCAGGGUUUGACUUGCAGCAGACCGCGAAGCCUCCACUGUCUCCUGCCGACACGUUUCAAGGUGAUGUUAUUGAACAGGUCCUGGACUCCUCACUGUGGGGGCUGAUCUCAAGGUACCGGAUGGUGAGACAGUCUGGGGUUUUGUGGGUUUCUAACUUGAUGCUUCGCAGUCUACUCUGAUGGCCUGCGGGUCAGAACCAGCCCUCCCAGAGUCCAGCCCGGUGGUCCCACCACCUGUCAGAGCCUGGGGGAACCAGAACCCGUGUUGACAACAGAGUUUUACCCGAUACCUUAUGAGAUGUGGUCAGACCGCGUCACUGUCCUGUCCGGCCCUCAAACUCACCCCACUUCACUCAGGAAGGUUCCAGGUCUCACCAGAACCACCUGACUGUUCCAACUCAUCAGAAGUCCAGACUCUGGAAACCAGAACCCCACAACCAGGAGGCUCUGGGUUUCUUAAGGAUCAGAACCUUGACCAGUCUGAGGCCAGACUGGACCAGAGAAAGUGCUUCUGUGUCGGGCAGCUAAUGUAGACCCGCGUCUCGAGCUGGAACACCAACGUUUUACAGAAGCCGUGGUGCUGAGCCUCUGACCCGAGCCCAGUGGAGCCUCCGUCAGAUCUGAGGUUCCGGAUCCUGAACGAGAGGACGGUGCAGAUGACCUGGCUCCGGCCCGCGUCCCGGAUCCAGGGCUUCAGAGUGCGGGUGACCUCGGACUCAGACAGGCCCAGAGACUUGACACUGCCCGCCUCCGCUACCAGAACCUCCAUCUCAGACCUGAGUCCAGAUGUGGACUACUCCGUCAGCAUCACCGCCUUCGCCGGCUCGGCGGAGAGCCGGCCCGUCUCCGGACAGAUCACCAUCGAGUCGAGCGGCGGGGACUCGAGGAGAGCAGAAGCCGACUCUGUCAAGUGCUCGGGCAGCGCGGUCGCCGACCUGGUCUUCCUGGUGGAUGGCUCGUGGAGCGUGGGCAGGUCCGACUUCAAACACGUCCGCAGCUUCAUCGCCGCCACGGCUGGAGCCUUUCAGAUCGGAGCGGACAAGACGCGCGUGAGCGUGGUGCAGUCCGGCACCGACGCUCGCGGCGAGUUCAGGCUUGACCAGCACCAGAGCCGGCCCGAGCUAAUGCGGGCCGUUGGCUCCUUGACGUACAAGGAAGCAGACGGCGGCUCGGGCGAUGCCCUGGACUACCUCCAGAGGAACAUCUUCACGGAGCAGGCCGGGGCCAGGAGAGGCUUCCCCAGAGUGCUGGUGCUGGUCACGGACGGCCGCCGGCAGGAUUCGCUGGAGCGUUCGGCCCGGCUGCUGAGGAGUGGAGGCGUGGAGGUCUUCGUCCUGGGGGUCCAACAGGCCGACGAGCAGCAGCUGCGGCUGAUGGCGUCCGCUCCUCACAGCACACACAUCUUCCGCGCCCCCACCUUCGACUCCAUCAGGAAGGUGCAGAGGGAGCUGAUCACGCAGCUGUGCGCCGGUGUGGACCAGCAGCUGGAGUCUCUGGUCAGUGGCCAGGAAGCGGUGCAGCCGGCGUCCAACCUCAGAGUGCUGGAGGUGUCGUCCAAGUCCAUGCGCCUGAGCUGGGACGCCUCCGACGAUGACGUCUCCGGGUACAAGCUGCAGCUGAUCCCCAUGACGACGGGCAGCAAGCGGCAGGACCUGUACCUGGGCCCUGGCCAGACCUCCGCACUGGUCAGAGACCUGACCCCAGACACGGAGUACCAGGUCCAGCUGCGGGCCCUCAAGGGUCUGAGGCCCAGCGAGCCUGUGGUGGACCUGCAGGAGACGCGGCCGGUCACCGUGUCAGUGGAGUGCUCGCUCCGUGUGGACGUCAAGGCUGACGUGGUUCUGCUGGUGGACGGGUCCUACAGUAUCGGCCUGGCUAAUUUUGCGAAGGUCCGGGCCUUCCUGGAGGUUCUGGUGAACACCUUCGACAUUGGACCCGACAAAGUCCAGAUCAGCCUGGUGCAGUACAGCCGGGACCCCCACACCGAGUUCUACCUCCACACCCACCGGGACCUGAAUGCUGUGGUCAAGGCUGUGAGAACCUUCCCGUAUCGAGGCGGCUCCACCAACACGGGCCGAGCCAUGACUUAUGUCCGGGAGAAGAUAUUCCAGGCCAGCAGGGGCGCCCGGGACCACGUCCCCCGAGUCACCAUCCUCAUCACGGACGGAAAGUCCUCCGACGCCUUCCAGGACCCGGCCACCAGGCUGAGGGCCGCCGACGUGGAGAUCUUUGCGGUGGGGGUGAAGGACGCGGUGCGGUCCGAGCUGGAGGCCAUUGCCAACACCCCGGCCGACACGCACGUCUACACGGUGGAGGACUUCGACGCCUUCCAGAGGAUUUCUUCAGAGCUCACGCAGUCCAUCUGCCUGAGGAUCGAGCAGGAGAUUCGCACCAUCAACCAAAGACGACUCCCUCAGCCGCGGGACCUGACCUUCUCCGAGGUGGACUCCAGGAACUUCAGGGCCUCGUGGGAGAUCGACUCCUCCGAUGUCGACUCUUUUGUGGUGCAGUUCAAGUCGGCAGAUGACCUGGAGGACCACUUCAUCUCCAUGUCAGUGCCCGGAAGCACCUGGACCGCUGUCCUGCCGCACCUCACACCCCUCACCCGCUACCAGGUCCAGGUCCGGGCUCAGUACCCAGAAGAGGACAGCCUGCCGGUGACGGGCUUCCAGACCACUGCCGAAGAGCGAGGCUCGGUGCGGAACCUGCGAGUGUCCGACGAGACCACGGACAGCUUCCGGGUGUCAUGGCUCCCAGCUCCUGGUGACGUUCGCCACUACAGGCUGACCUACGACCCUGUGGAAGACCAGAGCGUCCACAUGGAGACGGCCACCACCGGGGCAGAGACGGAGGUCACGCUCCAGCAGCUCAAACCUCACACCACCUACCGAGUCACCGUGGUGCCAGAGUACCGGUCUGGACCCGGCGUGCCGCUGCAGACGUACGGCACCACCAAGCACGCUGUAGGUCCUCCUAAAGACCUGGUGACCAGCGACGUCACCCCCAGCAGCUUCCUGGCGUCCUGGACGGCGGCGCCAGGGAGUGUGAAGGAGUACCAGGUGCGCUGGAAGUCUCUGUAUUCCGAGGACGCUGGAGAGAAAACCGUGCCGGGGGACCAAACGGAGACAGUGCUGGAAGGUCUGAAGCCCGAGACCCUCUACAAGGUGUCGGUGGUCGCCGCCUAUGGGCACAGCGACAGCGACCCUCUGGUGGGCCAGGAGACCACAGACGUGACCCCCGAAGGCAGACGCCUGCUGGUGUCGGACGAGACCGAGCGCUCCAUGAGGGUGGCGUGGACCCCGGCGCCGGGCAGAGUGCUGCACUACCGGCUGAAGUAUGUGCCCAGUGAGGGGGGCAGAGAGGUGGCGCUGAAGAUCCCAGCAGGCGUGACCUCCACCGCCAUCAAGCGGCUGCAGCCCGCCACCUCCUACGACGUCACCGUCCACCCCAUCUACAAGCGCGGGGAAGGAAAAGCAAGGCAAGGAGUAGGAACCACACUGUCACCCUACAAAGCUCCCAGAAACCUCCAGACCUCUGAGCCCACAAAGACCAGUUUCAGGGUCUCCUGGGAUCCUGCGCCCGGAGACGUCAGGGGCUACAAGGUGACCUUUCAACCCGCGGGGGAGGAAGUGGACCUCGGGGAGCUGGUGGUCGGCCCCUAUGACAACACUGUGGUCCUGGAGGAACUGAGGGCCGGAACCAAGUACACGGUGUCGGUGAUCGGGAUGUUUGACGGCGGAGUGAGUUUGCCUUUGGCAGGCGAGGAGAAGACCACGCUCUCCGACGCCCCGGAGCCGCCCUCCUUCGACCCCUCUGAGACCAAGUGUAAGACCUCAGCGAAAGCCGACAUCGUCCUGCUGGUGGACGGGUCCUGGAGCAUCGGCCGCAUCAACUUCAGAACCAUCCGAAACUUCAUCUCCCGCACGGUCAGCGUCUUCGACAUCGGCCCAGACAGCGUCCAGAUCGGUCUGGCCCAGUACAGCGGGGACCCCAAGACCGAGUGGCACCUGAACGCACACCCGAACAAAGAGUCUCUGCUGAAGGCCAUCGCCAACCUGCCGUACAAGGGCGGCAACACCAUGACGGGAAUGGCUCUGAAGUUCAUCCUGGAGAACAACUUCAGGCCCAACGUGGGCCUUCGUGCUGACGCUCGCAAAAUCGGCGUGCUGAUCACCGACGGCAAGUCGCAGGACGAGAUCAUUCUCAGCUCCCAGAACCUGAGGAACAAUGACAUCGAGCUCUACGCCAUCGGCGUGAAGAACGCCGACGAGAACGAGCUGCGCUCCAUCGCCACAGACCCCGACGAGAUCCACAUGUACAACGUCAACGACUUCCAGUUCCUGGUGGACAUCGUGGACGACCUGACGGGGAACCUGUGCAACAGCGUCAGAGGCCCAGGAGUGCAACUGCAGGCACCCACCAACCUGGUGACCUCGGAGGUGACCCACCGAUCCUUCCGAGCCACGUGGACCGCCCCCGCCGGCUCCGUGGAGAAGUACCGGGUCACCUACAUGGUAGCUGCUGGAGGGCCCACGGAAGAGCUGACAGUGGACGGGACGGUGACGACGGCCGUGCUGGACGGCCUGGAUCCUCUCACCGAGUAUGAGGUCAAGGUCUACGCCGUGACUGGCGAGCUGAGCAGCGAGCCGCUGACGGGACGCGAGACCACCUUGCCCCUGUCAUUCGCCAAGGACAUGACCGUGUACGGCGCCACCACCACCUCCCUGAGGGUGCGGUGGGAGGAGUCCAGAAGCGCCUCCGGCUACAUGCUCCGCUACAUGGCGACCAACGCCAGCGAGCCUCAGCAAGAGAAGGAGCUGCGUGUCGCCGCCGCUGUGACGGACGUCCAGCUGUCUGAGCUCCUCCCCAACACGCAGUACUCCAUCAGCCUGUUCACGCUGCACGAGGAGGUUGCCAGCGAGCCGCUGAGAGGGAGCGGAGUCACACUGCCCUUGUCUCCGGCUGGAGUCCUCAGAAUCUCUGACGUCACUCACAGCACCAUGAAGCUCAACUGGGACGCAGCGCCAGGCCUGGUCCAGAAGUACAUGGUCACCUACAAGCCUGAAGACGGAGACCUGUCAGAGGUGGAGGUCAGCGGUGACGUCACCACUCUGGACCUGUCGGGUCUGAUCUCCCAGACGGAAUACGACGUUGCUGUCACACCCAUCUACGCCGAGGGCCCAGCAGUGCCGAUGCUUGGGAGCGCCAUCACAGACGUGGUGCCGGCCCCCAAAAACCUGCGCUUCUCAGAGGUGACGCAGACCUCUUUCAGGGCCACGUGGGAUCACGGGGCUCCGGACGUGGCGCUGUACCGACUCGGGUGGACCAAGGAGGGAGAGAACGACCCCAAGUUUGCCAUCCUGAGCAACGACGAGACCUCUCACGUCCUCGAGGACCUGGACCCUGACACUGAGUACUCGGUCACCGUCACUGCCAUCUACCCCGACGAGUCGGAGAGCGAAGACCUGCUGGGCCUCGAGCGCACACUGUUGAGGGACUCGGGCGGUGUGUCAGGUGGAGAAGUGCCUGCUGGUCCGCCCCAGAACCUCCGGGUUUUCAACGCCACCACCUCCUCACUGUCGCUCAGAUGGGACCCGGCCCCUGGACCCGUCCAGACCUACGAGGUGGUCUACACUCCCGCCGCCGGAGGAGAGCCGCUUUCUGUCUCGGUGGGAGGGAGGAAGACCAGCACUGUGCUGCAGAAGUUGGACCCUGACACGGGCUACACCAUCAACGUGGCGGCCAUUUACCCGAACGGAGACCGGAAAGAAGUUUCUGGGGAUGGAAGAACGAAGCCACUGGGCGGAGUCCGGAACCUGCAGGUCCGAAACCCAACCAUGACCACUCUGAAUGUGCAGUGGGAACCGGCAGAAGGGCGUGUUAAGGGGUACAAGGUGGUCUACGCCCCGGCAACCGGAGGAGAUGAGAGCACGGAGCAAGUGUCCGGAGGAACCACCAGCGCCGUCCUGCGAGGUCUUCUGCCUGACACUAUCUACAGAGUCUCGCUGGUGCCUGUGUAUGCUGAGGGUGACGGGAAGCCCAUGUCAGAGAACGGAAAGACCCUCCCGAUGGGCGGAGUCCGGAACCUGCAGGUCCUGAACCCGACCAUGACCACGCUAAAUGUGCGCUGGGAGUCCGCAGAAGGUCGUGUCAAGGAGUAUAAGGUGGUCUACGCCCCCGCGGCAGGUGGAGACGAGAGCAUGGAGCAAGUGUCCGGAGGAACCACCAGCACCGUCCUGCGAGGUCUUCAGCCCGACACCCUCUACAGGGUCUCGCUGGUGCCCGUGUACGCCGAAGGCGAGGGGAAGGUCAUGUCGGAGAACGGCAAGACUCGGCCUCUAGGCGGAGUGAAGAGCCUGCGCAUCUCCAACCCCACCAUGACGUCUCUGACGGUCAACUGGGACCCGGCCGACGGAGCCGUGCGACUCUAUAAGGUCUUCUACGUCCCUGCGGCUGGCGGUCAGGAACUGAUGGAACCGGUCCCAGCUGGCACCACCAACAUCAUCCUGAGGAACCUCACUCCCGACACCCAGUACACAGUGUCGGUCCUGCCCGUCUACCCGGCCCGUGAGGGCAAGCGUCAGUCGGAGAGUGGGAAGACCUUGCCACUGGGCGGCGUCGGAACCAUGCGGGUCAGUAACCCCACCAUCACCACACUGACUGUGACAUGGGACCCAGCUGACGGAAACGUGCAGGGCUACAAAGUCAUCUACGUGCCGUCAGACGGAGGAGCUGAGAUCGUGGAGCAAGUGUCUGAGAGCACCACCGGCACCAUCCUGGACAAACUCCUGCCCGACACUCGCUACACCGUCACUGUGGUGCCUGUCUACGCCGAGGGUGAUGGGCCCAGUCUGUCUGAUGCUGGCAAGACACGCCCACUGGGCUUCGCCAGGAACCUCCAAGUGACCGAUCCAACAACCAGCACGCUGAACGUCCGCUGGGAUCCAGCAGAGGGGAACGUCCGAGAAUACAUUGUCAUCUGGCUGCCGGCGGCGGGCGGGGAGCAAGAAGUGGGCCAGGUGUCUGGAACCACCACGUCCACCCUGUUGAAGGACUUGGAGCCCAACACAGAGUACACCGUCACUGUGGUUCCAGUUUACCCUGAGAUGGAGGGGAAGUCUCAGUCCGCCAACGGGAAGACCAAUCCUCUGGGAGGAGUGAAGAACUUGAAGGUGACCAAUCCGACCAUCAACUCACUGACGCCCCGUUGGGACCCAGCGGUGGGAAACGUGCGCAGCUACAAGAUCAUCUACGCCGCAGAACCAGGCGGCGCGGAGAAGACGGUGGAGGUCUCAGGAGGAACCACCAGCACGGUGCUCAGGAACCUCGACCCGGACACACCCUACAACGUGACAGUGGUCCCGGUUUAUCCCGACGUGGAGGGAAUCAGACAGAGCGAGAAGGGCAGAACCAAGCCUCUGGGCGGCGUGAAGAACCUACAGGUGACGGACCCCACAACCAGCUCCCUGAGGGUCCGCUGGGACCCGGCGGAAGGGGAUGUGCGACAGUACAAGGUCCUCUAUGUUCCUGCUACAGGAGGAACCCCGACCACGACCAUGAUCUCGGGCAUGACCACCAACACUGUCCUACGAGACCUGCGGCCUGACACAGAGUACAAGGUGACAGUGGUGCCGGUUUAUCCUGACGCCGAGGGCAAACCUGCCGCCGAGAGUGGGAAGACGAAGGCGUUGGGUGGCGUGAAGAACCUCCAGGUCUCAGACCCGACCACCAGCUCACUGAAGGUCCGCUGGGAGCCGGCAGAGGGAAAUGUCCGUCAGUACCGGCUCUUCUACGUUCCAGCAGCGGGUGGCACAGAAGACAUGGAACAGGUCUCAGGAGGCACCACCAGCACCACCCUGAGGAACCUGCUGUCCGACAUGGUCUACACCAUCACCGUGGUCCCUGUGUACCCCCAGGGUGAAGGUCUGCGCCAGGCCGAGACAGGAAAGACUCUUCCCCGCACUCCCCCGAGGAACGUGCAGGUCUACGACCCCUCCCCCAACAGCCUGAGCGUGCGCUGGGAGCCGGCCAGCGGCCGCGUGCAGCAGUACCGGGUGGCCUACUCCUCCCUGGUGGGAAGUCGACCGUCGUCGGGAUCUGUUCUGGUUCCGGGAAAUCUAAACACAGCCUUACUGGACAACCUGAUCCCGGACACACCGUACUCGGUGGACGUGACGGCGCUGUAUGCUGACGGUGAGGGCGGAGCCGUGAAGAGCCAGGGCAAAACAAUCCCUCGAACCGGCCCCAGGAACAUGCGGGUGUUUGAUGCCACCACCAGCACGCUCACCAUCGGCUGGGAUCACGCCGAGGGUCCCGUCAGGCAGUACAGGAUCACGUAUGCGCCCAUGACCGGGGCGCCCGCCAGUCAGUUGACGGUGGUUCCUGGGAACAGGAACAAUGCCAUGCUGCAGAACCUCCUGCCCGACACCCCCUACAACAUCACCGUCGAGGCGGUCUACGCCGACGGCCCCGGGGGCUCCCUCAACGGCAACGGACGCACAGUGGGUCUCCUGAGUCCGAGAAACCUCCGCAUCUCAGAUGAGUGGUACACCCGUUUCCGUGUGGCCUGGGACCCGGUGACAGCGCCAGUGGAGGGCUACAGGCUGAUCUACUCUCCUGAGGGUUCCAAUCGCAGCAUGGACUUCUUCGUGGGCGACGUGAGCUCUUACACGCUGCACAACCUGCAGCCAGGCACCACCUACGACGUCAAAGUUGUGGCCCAGUACACGGGCGGAGUGAGCGCGCCGCUGGCCGGACGGGGAACCACGUUGCACCUGAACGUGACCAACAUCGAGACCUUCAACGUGGACCACGACAAGUUCUGCAUCAAGUGGACCCCUCACCGGGCCGCCACGUCCUACCGCCUCAAACUCAACCCACUGGACCCUGCCAGCAAAGGUCAACACGAGAUCACCAUCCCUGCUGGUCGCCCACAGUACUGCUUCGAAGGGCUCUCGCCAGACGCGCUCUACAAGGCCACGGUCUUCGUGCAGACGCCGAACCUGGAGGGUCCCGGGGUCUCCACCCAGGAGAGGACCUUGCCCAAGCCGACGCCCGUCCCCACGCUCCCGCCCACGCCCACGCCGCCGCCCACCAUCCCCCCAGCCUGGGCCGUGUGCAAAGGUGCUAAAGCCGACCUGGUCUUCCUGAUCGACGGCUCCUGGAGCAUCGGCGAGGACAGUUUCACCAAAGUCAUGAACUUCGUCGCCAGUGUGAUAGCAGCCUUUGAUGUGGUCGGACCCUCUGGGAUGCAGGUCUCCUUCGUUCAGUACAGUGACUAUGCCAAGACUCAGUUCAGGCUGGACGCGUACCAGGACAAAGGCGUCGCCAUGGCGUCCGUGCUCCAGAUCCGCUACCAGGGAGGAAACACCAAGACCGGCAUGGCGCUGAAGCAUGUGUACGAGAAGGCCUUCUCAGUGGAGAACGGAAGGAGGCGGAACGUUCCCAAGAUCGUGGUGACCAUCACGGAUGGACGCUCCCAGGACGAUGUCAAGCAGAACGCCGCCAAGCUGCAGCACGCAGGCUACAGCGUCUUCGCCAUCGGGGUGGCGGACGUGGACUUCCUGGAGCUGCAAGCCAUCGGGAGCAAGCCCAGCGAGAGACAUACGUUUGUGGUGGACGACUUUGACGCCUUCAACACCAUCAAGGAGAAUCUGGUGACGUUCAUCUGCGAAACCGCCUCUUCUACCUGCCCCCUCAUCUUCCUGAACGGAUUCACGUCGCCGGGUUUCCGGAUGCUGGAGGCCUUCAACCUGACCCAGAAGACCUACAGCUCAGUCAAGGGCGUGUCCAUGGAGCCCGGCUCCUUCAACAGCUACGCGUCUUACAGACUCCACCGCAACGCCUUCCUGACGCAGCCCACCACGGACGUCCACCCUGAUGGACUCCCGUCCUCUUUCACCAUCAUCAUGACGCUCCGCCUCCUGCCCGACUCGCCCACGGAGGCCUUCGACCUCUGGCAGAUUUCUACCAGAGACCACCAGCCAGAGACCGGCCUCACCGUAGACCCCUCAAAACAGAGCGUCUCCUUCUACAACAAAGACGAGGGUGGCGCCAUUCAGCGUGCCACCUUCAGCAACCAGCACGUGAAGAAGAUUUUCCACGGCAGCUUCCACAAGCUCCACGUCCUCGUCUCGGCCAGCGAAGUGAAGCUCAACAUCGACUGUCAGGAGGUCGCCGUCCAGCCGCUCAAGCCGGCCGGGAACACCAGUCGGGACGGGUACCAGGUUCUGGGCAAGAUGGGCUCCAAGCAGGAGUCUGCUGCCUACCAGCUCCAGAUGUUCGACAUGGUCUGCAGCUUGGGUUGGACCAGUCGGGACCGCUGCUGCGACCUCCCGUCCAAGAGAGACGAGCUCAAGUGUCCGGCGCUUCCCAACGCCUGUAGCUGCGCCUCGGCUGGGACCGGGCCCGCGGGUCCUCAGGGCCCAGUGGGGGCGCCGGGCAACAAAGGACCUCGAGGAGAGAGAGGAGAGAGUGGUCCUUCUGGUGCACUGGGUCCACGCGGAAACAGCGGCCCGCCUGGACCCAUGGGUCUCCCAGGACCUCAGGGACCCAGCGGACUGUCCAUCCCAGGAGAGGCGGGCCGACCAGGACCUAAGGGAGACCCCGGAGACUCCGGUCUGCCAGGCCAGAAAGGUUCCCGAGGUCCUUCAGGUCCCGUCGGACCCAUCGGACCUGCCGGGGUCCGGGGACCGCAAGGCAAAGACGGACAGACUGGACCUCCUGGUCCACCGGGGCUCAUGGGUCCCCCCGGAGCUCCCGGACAACCGGGUCCUGUUGGAAAACCAGGCAACGCAGGAAACCCAGGAGCCCCGGGUGCGAUCGGUGUGAAGGGAGACAAGGGAGAACGGGGAGACUUUGCUCCUCAGAACAUGAUGCGGUCCAUCUCCAGGCAGGUCUGCGAGCAGCUGGUCUCCUCUCGCAUGAGUCGCAUCGAGUCCAUGCUCAAUCAAAUCCCCAACGGCCUGUACCGCAGCAACAGCCCUGGUCCACCAGGACCUCCUGGCCCGCCUGGACGACAGGGGCCCCGUGGAGAGCUGGGUGCUGCGGGACGGAACGGCUUCCCAGGAAGUCCUGGGUUACCUGGCCAGCAAGGAGAGCUGGGUCCUCCAGGAGAGAAGGGCGAGCGCGGACCACCAGGGGUGGGACAGAAGGGCCCGAGGGGACCCCCAGGGCCACCAGGGGAGAGCAGGACCGGACCACCAGGACCAACAGGCUCUGCUGGAGCCCGCGGUCCACCCGGCCGCCCCGGUUACGCUGGGAUCCGGGGGCCUCCUGGACCACCCGGCUACUGCGACUCCUCUCAGUGCGUCGGUAUCCCGUACAACGGUCAAGGAUACAUAGCAGAGCCCGAGUCCCCAGUUGCGCCGGUCCCAGAGGAGGACCAGCUUCCACCCAGCCAGCAGCGGCAGAUUUCGCUACCACGACGCGCUUCCCUCCGUCUCACGUAGAGCCUCUGCACCGGGGGCUUGACUCGUCUGUGACCCAGAGUCUGUACAUAUCAGUCGAA